AUGAUUUUGACCAGCUGCUGGAGGAGUGUCCUUAUAAAAAGCCUCAGGCGACAACUGGACCAUAGGAUUCUCCUUCCCUCUGUUCACACACGUCCUGUUAGGUCUCUGUGCAUCAGUCCUGUUCUUGGACAUGAAGACACAAUAUUUGCCUUAUCGUCAGGAAGAGGGAGGUGUGGAGUAGCAGUGGUGAGGGUUAGUGGACCACAUGCUGCCGGAGCUCUGCAUGCUCUUACUGGUCUGAAGCGCACUCUUCCCCCUCGAACCGCUCUCCUCCGCAGUAUCAUACACCCCACAUCAAAAGAGCUACUGGACCGAGGCCUGGUACUUUGGUUCCCAGGUCCUCACAGUUUUACAGGGGAGGACAGUGCAGAGUUUCACAUCCAUGGUGGUCCUGCUGUUAUUAGUGGUGUAUUACAAGCUAUGGGUAGCGUGCCUGGACUACGUCCUGCAGAGGCGGGUGAGUUCACCCGACGAGCCUUCCAUGCUGGAAAACUGGAUUUGACAGAAGUCGAAGGGUUGGGAGAUUUGAUUCACGCUGAAACAGAAGCUCAGAGGAAACAGGCUCUCCGUCAGAUGGCAGGGGACCUGGGCCGACUCUAUAACGGGUGGAGUCAACAGCUUAAGCAUAGUUUGGCGCAUGUAGAGGCUUUCAUUGACUUUAGUGAGGGGGAGCUCAUAGAGGAUGGAGUCCUAAAUCAAGUGGAUGCAGCAGUAUCAAAGCUGCAGACGGAAAUAAAGAAACAUCUUUGUGAUGAGCGGAGAGGCGAGCGACUGCGCUGUGGCGUACAGGUAGUUAUAGCAGGAUCCACCAAUGCCGGCAAGAGCAGCCUGUUCAACCUACUCUGUCAGCGUCCUGCAGCCAUUGUGUCUCCUAUAGCAGGCACAACGAGAGAUGUCGUGGAGACGCCCCUGGACAUUGGAGGCUUUCCAGUCCUGUUAAGUGACACAGCUGGCAUGAGGGAGACAGAUGACUGCGUAGAGAAAGAGGGCGUCCGCCGGGCACGGAAAACGGUGGAGAUGGCAGAUCUGAUACUGGCGAUUGUUGACUCGACUCAGCUUCCUCCAGAACCUCAGACGGUGCUGGAUUUCCUGACUGGCUACCUGAAGAAUUUGCUUCCAGACGAGGAGAAGAUUCAGGAUCACGUUCAGAAAUGUCUUUUGAUCCUGAACAAAAGUGACCUCCUUCAUGAUGACCACAUCAGCGUCGUUCAGAAAACCCUCCAGCAGGCUUCUAAUUUAGUUCCAGUCUGUAUUCUGUCGUGCCACAGCCGAGACGGCCUCCAUGAUUUCCUGACUCUGCUGCAGGACAGAGUAAAGACGCUAUGUGGAGAACCGCUGGUGGGCAGCCCAAGUCUCACACAGACUCGUCACCGUACACAUCUGCAGAAGAGUGUUGAGGCCCUGAAUCAGUAUUAUCAGUACAGAGACGUUGAUCUGGCGCUGGCAGCAGAGGGACUGCGCUUAGGACUCAGCUGCUUGGGUAGGAUCACUGGCAAGGUUGGCACCGAAGAGAUUUUGGAUGUGAUUUUCAGAGACUUUUGUAUUGGUAAAUAAAAAAUAUAAA